UUAUUGACACUUUUACAUAAAGCAAAAGUAAGCUCAUCUGUUUAAUGUCAUUGUGUUUUGAAUGUUUUAUUGCUAAUCCCCACAUCUUGUUUCUGCACAAAGAAAGAUGACGUAUGAAUACCAUUCCGCCUUACUGAGUGCUGAGCGCCGAAAUGUGCAAUUGGAGAACGCCCGUGCAGCUAUAGACCUUGGAUCAAUUUCCGUGGCCAUCACAGCGUGCAGCGGCGUGGUCAUUGCUGCAGAUAAAACGCCCCCAUCGCCGCUAUAUGAUGUGGACAGUGUUCGCCGCGUGGAAAUGAUAGCCAAGCACAUCGGCAUGGUUUACUCGGGAGUAGAUCCAGACUACCGCAUCCUGGUGAUAGCGGCCCGCAAGGUCGCCCAACUCUAUUACCUGACCCAUAUGAAUCUGAUCCCGGUAAAAGAGUUGGCAAAAUGCAUGGCUAUCAUCAUGACGGAUCACACCAAUCUCUAUGCGGUUCGGCCAUUUGGCGUUUCGCUAUUAAUCUGUGGCUGGAGCGACGGAUGUCCACAGGUCUACAAAGUUGAUCCUUCGGGGCUGUACUCCGCCUGGAAGGCAUAUGCCCAGGGAAAGAAUGCGGUUCAUAGCAAUAACAUGCUGGUGGAUCGGUAUAACGAAGUAUUGAACACCGACGACGCUGUUUACACCGCCCUCCAGGUGCUGUGGCAGAGUGGCUGCGAAAUGAUUUCCGACAACAUCGAGAUCGCAAUUUGCAGUUCGAACGGAUAUCGCCGUCUGGACCACGGAUCAAUUCAAAAGCAUAUAUCCCGUUUUUGCUCCUAGUAAACGGUUUUUAUAGCGUUAUAUUAUGAUUUUAAAAAUAUAUAAUCAAUAGGUUAAUUUUAAUUAUA